AUGGCGGAUAGUCGGCGCCUAGCGCUGGAGCGAUGGCGCGAGGAGAAGCGGCGCCAGAAGGAGCAGCAGGCCACCAAGACAGCUCGUCCUGCGCGCCGGGUGCUCGCCCACAGUACCGGCAGAAUCACUCGAGGAGCCCCAGUGCGCACGCGUGUGGCCCCAAAGCAGCGCGAGAUGCCACCGCCAUCGACGCCAGCUGCUCCACGUCGCGUGUCGGACGAACCUGCUGGCCUCGUGCCGAUCCGAGAGCUGGAGACGGCGGACGAGACGCAGGAGCGACAGAUCUAUGACGAACCCAAGACCCCGGCGUCCAAGACAAUGAGCAGCGCAGCUACAGUAUCCGAGGAAGAUAGCGGUGACGUCGUGUCAGUCAAACAGCGCAAGAAGCGGCGGAGAAGCUACAUUUCCCCGGCUUCCAACGCUCCGUCAUUGGCCGGUGGGGCGCAGCGAGUGAUGACGCCCACGCGGCUCCUGCAGCAUGAGAGCGAUGAUGGCGGGAUGGAUGGAGACUUGGAGGGCGCGACGCCGGAACUUAUACCAGGGCCUAGGCGUGUGA